AUGAGGCAGGCCGUCCGAGGUAUCUGGUGGGACGAGUGGUUUGCCGUGCUAGCUCUCAUAGCAACAGCAGGUAUCACCACAAAUAUUCUCGUCGGAUCACAGCAUGGAAUGGGCAGACAUUUGCCCGCAGACUUUACGCUUGAUGAAAUGGUGACCUUGAUCAAGAUUGUAUAUGCUUUCAUCGUCAAUGUCACUGUCGCUUUCGGAACUUUGAAAAUCAGCAUUCUAUUCGUGUACUUGAGAAUGACGCCCCAUAAGUCCCAUAAGGUUGUCAUCUAUACGCUCAUGGGCCUUGUGGUUGCACACAACAUCCCUGCAUUACUGGGCCAAAUAUUUUCUUGCACUCCCAUCCACGAGUAUUGGAACCUUGGCUAUCCAAUCUUUCAGAAUCCUCAUUGUAUCAACAUCCUAGUAUUCGACCACUUCAAUAAUGCAUGGUCAGCCCUUGAAGAUAUUAUCAUCUGGAUGCUACCAGUCCCGACCAUAUAUUCCUUGAAAGUACCUAUACAACGGAAGAGCGCUCUCUACGGACUGUUAGCGUUCAGUCUGAUAUCAGUCUUGUGCGCAAUUUUACGCAUGACAUUCGUUGUCCUCUGGGUUCGAUCCGACGACAUCGCAUGGGAUUAUAUACUCAUCCCUUUCCUGGCUAACAUGGAGUGUUGCGUUGCGCUUAUCACAACAUCUGCGCCGGGGAUCCUGCCUUUUCUGAGAUCCAGCACUCCGGCCCCACCAGCGAGGCCUGUACCAAAAGUUGAAGUCGAAAAGGCACCCUCAAGCGGCUAUACGUCCGAGAAGGAUCUUGAAAGUCAGGACAGCACCAUGGUUCCAUCUACAGCCAACCAGACAGAUCGAAGUAGCAAGACCUGGAGUUUACUGAGCAGACUUCGACCUGGAACAGCGAUGAGUAAGCGCGCGAGUGCGUUCAUCGAUCCGAAUCGACGUUUGACGACUUGCAAAAGCGAAACAGAACCAUCUGGACGGAGGACAGAGCUGAAGGAUUUUGACGAUGUUGAAGACGUCGUGCCUGGCGUGAAAACGGAAGCGAAACUACAAAUGAAAUGA